ACUACUAUGCAUUGCAUUUAAAAAAAACUUAGCGUAGCAUAAUAUUUUUAGAUGUAGAAUUUAAAGGUGUCAUUUUAGAUUAUUUAUUUAAAUAUUUCAGUCAUAUAUUCAAGGUUGAAAUAACGGUCGCGAUGUCCGCCCGGUUACGUAAUCUUAAUCCAUAUGAAUUACAUAAAUAUCUUGUUAACGUGUACUGUCUUAACAUCAAGGGUUCUACGGGACUUAUAAAACGCAACACAUCAAAAGAUCGAACUGACCUUGAUGUUAUUCGGGAAAACCACAAGUUUCUCUGGGAAGAGGAUGACAUAAUCGAUUCCUGGGAAAAACAGUUGGCCAAGAAAUAUUACGAUAAGCUCUUUAAAGAAUAUUGUAUCUGUGAUUUAACACGAUACAAAGAAAACAAAGUUGCAUUGCGAUGGCGUAUUGAAAAAGAAGUUGUGCUUGGGAAAGGCCAAUUUCAAUGUGGUAACAAACACUGCAACAGCGACACUGAGCUGAAAUCUUGGGAAGUUAAUUUCGCUUACGUAGAAGACAAUCAAAAGAAAAAUGCUCUAGUUAAACUGCGUUUAUGUCAAAAAUGUUCGGACAAAUUGAACUACAGAUCUAAGAAACGUGAAAUCAAAAGGCUAAAGAAAAAAGGGAGAUCAAAGAAAAGAAGCAAAGACAGAGAUAAUAACGUUGAAGCAAGUCCUGAAUUUGAAACUCCUGAAAAUAACGUUAUUAUGUCAGAAGAACCUUCUACAAGUUCUUCAAGCAAUAUGGCUGCGGGUACUGACGAAGAGACGUCGUUAUGGAAAAAAGGUUUGAUUAUAUUACCUUCUAUUAUUUUCAUUUGUUUUUCAGAAAUAUUCAGAUUCACCCAAGUCAUAAUUGUCAUCCAAAUCCCAUAAUAAAACAAUAAAGAUUCCCGUAAACAUCUUGUAAUGGUAAUUUAACCCACAGAAACAUCAUUCUGUG